UUAGCUUUGCUUCUUGUAUGACGUCACACACAAACAGGAAGCCCUCGAAAUCCACAGCUGAGCCUCUUUUGUGUGCAAUUGUAUCUGUUGUUGAGCAAAAUUUCGUCAAUCACAUACGUAUUGCAAGUAGAUGAUCAUGGAAGAACUGCUGAGCUUCUAGUGAUGCAGCCUUCGUCGUCGUGUGAAAACCUUGGCUCUCAGAAGGGCCCCACCAAAUUUUUGUGUGUAGAAAAUCAUAUCACAUCAACUAAUGUGGAUUGUUGGGAUGAUCACUAUCAUUACCAAAUCUUCUCAGAUUUGCAGGGUCACAUCAGCUAAAGCAAGAUAGGAGAUGCAUGUGUGAGGUAGGCGCUCAUGGGGAAGUGCCUGUCAUGCUGUGAGAAGCCGGUGCCGCCCGGUGCCUCGCAUGCCACUGCCAGCCAGCCUCUUCAUGCACCACCUUUAGCAAGGCCGUACACUGUACUGGCGCUUGACUCCAAGGAAUCAUCCAAGCUUCAGCAGCAGCAUCUUUUACAGCAGACCCCACCAGGCCCAGCUGACAGUCUGAUCAGUUCUGGUGGGCCAACAUCUGCGGAGAAGAAAAUGUUUACUCCUUACUCCAAGCUGCCUCCCACUAAGCGCUCAACAAAUGGAGAGAGCAAACGUACACCAGUUGCUGCAGUUACUGGAGGUGGCAGUGGUGUGGGUGUAGGGCGGGAAAUCUCAGAGGCUAAGAUAGUUGCUCUGUUUGAGAAGUAUCGGGAUGAAGAAGAGGAUGCUAUUUUGGAAGAUGGCAUGGAGCAUUUCUUGUCAGACCUUGGUGUGCAACCAGAUGAGUUUGUGGUGCUUUUGAUUGCCUGGAAGUGCCAGGCUGCCACCAUGUGCCGAUUUUCAAGAACUGAGUUUGUAAGGGGAUGUCAGGCCAUGCUUGCGGACUCCAUCAAAAGCUUGCAAGGUCGCUUUCCAGAGCUGAAAGCAGAAGCUCGUGGGCGUCCAGAGUUCAAGGAUUUGUACCGCUGGACUUACAAGUUUGGUCUGGACUCUGAAACAGGUCAGCGGACUUUGCCUUUGGACAUGGCUAUCAGUCUCUGGAGGUUGGUUUUCUCCCAGAAUUCUCCACCUGUCCUGGAGAGGUGGCUAGAGUUCCUGGAGAAACACUUAAACAUCCGUGGCAUUCCUAAAGAUACGUGGGAUAUGUUUUUGAAUUUCACAGAGCAAGUAGGGGAGGACCUUAGCUCAUAUGAUGACACAGAGGCUUGGCCGAGUCUGCUGGAUGACUUCGUAGAAUUUGAAAAUGAUCGUCAGAAUCAAAACGUAAAGACUGACUAGUUCUAAAUCAUGCCUACAGCAUACCAUAUGAUUAAAUGUGCAGGGACGUCUGUGAGAAUUUGUAACAUUCAGCUGUUGAAUUGUGUUUGAAUGUUUAAAAUUGUAUUUCUUUUUGUUGAAGUGCUUUCAGAAAAGAAACAUAUUUUAUUUGCUAAGUUUGCAAAGUUAGAAUCAUUUUGCAUCAGACAGUUAUUCAACAUAUUGCAAAACCAAAAAUUUUUCCAUUUUUAUUUUAUGCUGUAAAAUUUACAUGAUCAUGACAAGGUUUGUUAAUUUAUGGUCAAAGAGAUUUUUAAUUUUUAAAUAGUUGUACAGUGAUCUGUUUCUAAGAUAACUUUUUUUUUUUCUUUUUUCUUUUUAUUCUUUUUUCUGUCUCCAAACUCCACUUGAACAAAGGUACAGCAGUUCCAUAAAAUAUGUUUAGUUAUUUAUUUCUUGUCUUUCGCUUUCAAUCAAGCACUCUACGAAUCAUUGUAGUUGUGACUAUAAUAAAAAAAAAAAUCUCAUACUCAUUUAAGUGCUUGAGAACCCAGACCUGGGAUAGUUGGCAGAAAAAAAAAUAUAUUAAUGUUCACCUCCAAGGAACAAAGCCUAGACCUGAAUUUUGUUUGUUUGUUUUUUUGUUAUUGGAAUUUGAAUUUAUGGUAUUUAUAAACUUCUGGUGUUUACCAGAUUACUAUUUUUUUGUUUUGUUUUGGUGGUGUUGGUGGUGGUAAAUCAGGAGCAUAGGAGAGUGGAAAGUCUCCUCUAAUCCUAGUUUCUUGGCUGUGCUCAUAAUGAUAUUAAAUUGUCAAGAACUGGUUGUGUACUGAGAUCAGAUGUCAUGCUUAGCUCCUCCAGCUACAGCUGCAUAAGGAAGCAGCAGGGUUCUAAAGUUGGGUUAGCUUCUUCACGAAAGAUUUCUCGCUAAUUUAUCUAAUGGUUCUUUGACAUUUUCUUGGUUCCACACUCUGUGAGGUUGCAAGCAUUCUGUAGUUUUUAUUAAACUUGAAUAAGCUGACUUACCUCUCUUGAUGGUAAUAAAGCACAGGACACACAAGUCCUAGGUGAUGUAUGUUUUGCAGAACUCUUGAAUUUUUAGGUAAAAUGGGCUUUACACAGAAAAUAAAAUAAGGUGAGAUAUGUUACAUAUUUGACUUUGUAGCUUUUCUGUUGUAGAGUUCAUGAAUGGUAUUUAAAUUUUUCUGCAAAUGGUUCAUAAACAAAUGGAUUAAUUUCAUGUUUCUUAAAAUGACUUGAAAAGAGAAGAGCAGCACACUGUAACAAAAAAAAAGUUGUGGACAUUUUAAUUGCUUUUUCUUUUAAUGGUUUUUUUUUUUUUAUUGUUUUAUAGUUCAGUAGAGAUUGGUGUGCCAGGUCUCAGAAUGUAAGGUAAUAUUGAUAAGAAGACAAUCUUCCUGGGUGCUUAAAUCAUUUUUAGUAUCAUGUGCAGUAUGGUAUCUCACAGGUGUGGUUGGCUUAUUUCACUUUUUAGGUUUGUUUUUCAGUUUUCUUCUGCAUGUAAAGGUACUCCAUCUUAAGGUUUGAAUGCUGUUGAGAGAAUUUGAGUUCAGUCAUUGGUCAAUGUAGAAAUUGUUCCUUGGAAUGUGCCGUUGAAAAGUGCAGUGCUUGAAAAGGUUUAUUUUGGACCUCUCCCUGACCCAUAACAAAACAUAAGUAAUGAGAAAGUCUGUUAGCAUACAGAGAAACUGUCCUUCAGCUUUUUAGGUUGUGUGCUUGUUGACAGUUGAUGCUUUUGUUUAUGUUUGUCCAGUGUUAUGAUUUUUGCAAUGAAAUGUAUGUCUGUUUUGUGUUGAUUUUAUACAAAUGGUUUACAUUUUGUUGACAUGGGUAAAGAGUAUUCUAAAUUGUACAGAAUGAAAUCCAAAGCUAAAAAGAGUAUAAAUAAUUGGGUAUAAAUCCUUGCAUGUCCCUUAUUAAUUGCGUAAGAUUCAUGGGUAUGAUAUACGUUUUAGCAAAAUGAUGAGCCAUGGUAGAGAUAGUUGUUAGUGAUGAAAGUUUCAUUAUGCAUUUGUAUUUAGGAAAGAAUACCAGAUAGUGAGGCUGUUGAACUGCAUAUUUGUAUUUAGUAAAGACUACCUGAUAGGCUGUUGACCUCUUCUGUUUAUCUUACAUCUUCUCACACUUUUAAGUAACUGUGAUUUUCAAAGUCAAAAAAUAAUUUUAAGUGAUUAAUAAAUUAGUGUGCUUUUUGAGGUACUGCAUUCUGGCCAGAAAAAAAGAUGUUCACAAAAUACAUUUACUUUACUGUUACUUAUAGAAGCAGUUCACUUUUUUUUUUGAAUGCAGGACUCGUGAGAGUCAUCUUUAUCUCUCAGAUUGCAAUUGGCCUUUUUUUUUUAUUGAUGAAACUUAUUAAAACUAAAGGGAAGAUUCCACAAUCAAUAGCUAUUUUUAUAGUGCUGGCAAGCAUUAGACUUUGUUUCCAUGCAAUUUAGUCACAUGAUAUGCCUCACAGCAGUUUAAAUAUUAAUUUUGGUGGACCACAUUAAUUGUUAUAAUAGACACUUUAAUCAUAUUUCAAGACUUUGUUAUUUUUCAGUUUUCUAAUCUGUAUCAACUAUUUAAAAUCAAGCCAUGCUUUUCUGUGUUAUUAUGUUCUGCAUCUGUUUCACUCUUCAUACAUAAGCUUGUACACACUCCAUUUCCUAAAAUCUGUCUAGUCCUGCAUUGUGGUAAUUGCUUUUUGCAUAUGAUUAAAAAAAAAAAAGUAAUUUAGACAUGGAGUGCAGGACAAUGCAAAGUGAAGGGGAGGUAAUGCAGUUAGUCUUUAUUUAGAAAUGAUCUCUUUCCAUCAUAAUUUUUUCCAGUAAAAUAUAUUGUCUUAUAUAGAGUUUCAUGAAACUGCAGUCUAUUGACACUUAAAUGGAGAGUAUUGUUGAAAUUAGCAAUAUUUUCCUUAUCUGUUGGCCUUGUGGAAUAUAAAAUGUUCUGCACAACAUAAAGCUAUUUCAACAUGUGACAAAAAAGCAUUAAAAUAGCUUUUUCUUUGAGUAGCUUAAUAAUAAUUUUAAUCAAAAUGAUAUCUUGGAAGCUGUUUUCUGGCAGUCUUUGGUUUUAUGAUUAUCAUUUUUGGAAAGACAAGUGUACUUUAAACAGAUGUUAAUGUCAGGCUCCUUAUUAAGUGGCUAGAUCUGUGGUUAAAUAGCAUACAUGUCAAAAUUUGUUAAGAUUUUGGAAUAUAGAUCUGUUUUUAGUGCCCGUCCCCCUCUUGUUUGCUUAUGCUGUUGUUUUAUAUCUGCUAGACAUAUUCAUUCCUCAAAUUUACCUUAAAUAUGAUGUCAUUAUUCUGUAUAUUUGUAAAUAACUGAAGAUCCUUAAUUGCAGAAUUCACAUUACACUCAGGCAAGAAGUAAAAAAAGCAAAGAAAUGCCAUCUUUAUUUCUUUGCAUGUAUUUUUGUGGGUUUAUGUUUAUGUCUUGUACAGGUUUAGAUUUAGCAAAUUGUGAAGGUCCAUUGGCUUGCUUGAAAAUAGAAAUGUUUUCAUGUUGAAAUGGCUUUUAAAUCUAAUUCGUUGUGGAAUUUUGCCAUCAGUACUGGUUUACAUGUGUUUAAGAUGACUUUUUUUGCAGGUUUUUUUUUUUAAACCAAACUAUUCGCAACAUAUCAAGAGAUUGCAACUGAGUUGUUUUUUUUUAAAAAUCAGCAUGAAUCAAGGGCAGCCACGCAUUGGGUAGUUUUUUCCCCCUCUCCCCAUACUUUGCAAAACGAGUAGGAGUAUGUGUUCUUUAUGCUCCUUAUAUACUCCCCAAAAUAUCACUAACAGAUGCAGACCUGCUUGCAAAAAGAUUGUGUAUUCAUUAUUUGAUGGUUAUAUGAAGGUUUGCUUGGAAUUUGGUGACACUGUUAUCUGGUUUUCUGAUACAUGAAUGCAUCCAGAAUUUCUGGCAUCGUUACACAAUUUCAGAGACAUGUUUAGUGUGUGGAAUUCAGUGCAUUAAUGUAAAUGCUGCAGUUGAUACUUCCCAGUUUUGAGAAAGGGUAUAAAACUGAUGAUUGUUGUUGAAGUUUUAGUUAGUAGUUGGUACUUCAAUUCUUAAAUUUAUACUACAGCAUGUUGCAGUGGACAUAAAAACACCUGUCAAAAUGUGUUGGUAUACAGAUAGUGCCAGCAUGAAGCACGAACAAGAUAUGGGCAUUUUUAAAAUGUAUGCACUUGUCUGUAGUUUAAGAUUUGCAUGCAAUUUGUUCUCUCUCUUUUUUUCUUUUUUUUUUUUUUUUAUUUUGGUAGGGGUGGGGAUUUAGUUUUUUUUUUAGGUGUAUUGCUGUGGAUGUGACAUUUCUCAGCAGAAUCAUCUAGGUAUCUAAUGAAACCACUAACAAGACUUUCAAAUUUUAAUAGGAGAAAAGGCAUUUUUGCUCAAGCAUGUACUCUUAUCUGUUAUAAGAAACCCAUCUUGCUGAAGUCAACACUUACUAAGCAGGGCAGUAUAGAAUUCAGACAAAAAUGAAUUUUCAUAACUUUAGACAGGUAAGAGUGCAGAAUUUGAGGCAAGAGGUUACAGAAUUUGAGACAAGUAGAUGAAAGUUGUCAUUUGAGGCAAGAAUUUGCUGGUAAAGGAGAACGUUUAGAAUGACCCGCCUUGCACAGGCACUGGGGGAGGGGGACUGGUAGGCUAGUUCUUAACGAUCGGUUUCUUCGGUUGUAAGGCCAGUUGUGUGCUAGUUAGCGGUAUGAAUCUUUCAGUGGGCUACUUCAAGGUUUGCGUUUACGCCUUGUCGUAUAGUUAUAAGCUGUGGAACAUGUCACAUAGUGCUUUCAAGAGCUGGUUGGUUGGUUGAUUUUUCGGGAAUUUCCACCUAAAGGUGAUUUCGUACUGUGAAGGGACAGGCAAAGGAGAAAAACCCAGAGAACAGACGUCACAGAGAGCGUCCCGAGACGAGAUACCAAGGUACCAACUCAUGGCUUGUCACUGCAGUGGUAACUAGCCAGCGUUUCAACCACUACACUACCGGGCGCCCCUGCUUUCAAGAGGUAUCCUUCAUGUGUUUUUAAACGACCUAGUGGACCACAGCUCCGACAAUGUUCCAGGAAAGCUGUUUCCUCCUCUUUUUUCUUACUUUUAUUUUUCACCUUGUAUAUUUUCUGUUGGACUUUGACAGAAGGGUUCUGUUACCAAAGAGUACGCCGUAACCACUUAUCUGGCACAUCGCAAACUCAGUCUGGGCAACCAUGUCAUGGCGAUUAGCUGUCAGCUACUUCUUUUCGUCCCCUCCCCCCAUCUCCUUUCACCACAGUCUGUACGCCAUCUGUCAACAACUUGCCUUUGUAAAGCUGCUUGUUGGGCCAUUGCAGAAGCGUCGUCCCAGUGCCAAGAAUUGCGACCAAGAUGAUAACCUGUGUGUUCGCUGUGCUGAUGCCCUGGGCUGGGCACAUGGCAGGGUAAUGAAGACCUCGAGCAACCACACACCUGCUACAUCUGGGCGAGGGCUGCAGCACCUCCUUAGCCGCCCACACGGUAGGGACUUCGCGCCUUUUGGUUUCGGGGCCAAUAAAGUGAUGUGUGGUUUGUCGACCAACAGCUCAGUUGUGCUGAAGCAGAUAUUUGACAGAUUGCUGUCUGUAGAGUUGCUAAGUUGCUAAGUACUUGAUUGCGUAAGUGAACGACGAUCUGAUAAAAGUUAACUUCAGCGGUGGUCGCAUUCUAGACCACGGAAUGGCGUCUGAGGGUAUGGGGGCAGAGUUUGAUAAGCUCUUGCUUAGUGCUUUUUCACCUUAAAAUAAAACAGGCUUCGUCUUUACUGGCUCUUUUUGGAAUAAGAUACAGUAGAAGUCUUGAAGUGGAAUAAGGCUAUUGAGCAUUUACUCGCAAAGCGAAUUUUGUGGCUUAGAGGGAGUUGGGGGGAGGAGGAUAUAAGGGCACAUUUUGGCUAUGUAUAUUUGUGCCCGCAAAAUAUUUUUCUGUAAAUGGAAUUUUACUGCAUUCUGUUUUGAAAGAAGCCUGCUGUCUCGGAAGAUGCGCUUCAGCACGUGUAUGUCAUAUGGCAGUGGUGGUCUCAGAUGGAGUCGAAUGAUACGUAACUCUCGCACCCCCAGCACAGCGUAGAGGAAGAGCUCUUGGGCGUUGCCAGGAACCCAGCAGACACAGGUCAUGUCUCAGCUGUGAAGAGAUGCCAUUGAGCUGUCUGCAACAGAUUGUACCAUACGCGGUGUUACACCACAUUCGAGUUUAGUUUUCAUCAGUUUAUACAUUUGUUGCAUAGACUUGGAUCGUUCUUUUUUUUUUCUUACCAUGUACUCCUGCCAAACCGCCACUUUCACGAGAGUCAGAUCGUUGUUCAGUUUCCACAGCUGUCAGUAGUAUGCACCGCUGUUGUACCUUUUUUUGUACAUAUAUACCCCUACUCGUUUUUUUUUCAGAUAGUAUUUAAUGUGAUGUAUUAUUUUACUGAUCGAGAUCUGUAGGUUUAUCAUUCUUGUUUCAUUAUAAUUAUCAUUAUGUGCGUUUCUUUUCAAGGAUACCCUGUGACUUACUGUUUGAUGCUCAGACAACUCCCACCGUUAGUUUUUUCUCCCCUAAAAAGAAAAGAGUAGGCAGAAUAUCUCGUGAUGUCCGCAGUCGGACUUUCACCGGAUAGUUUAAAACUGGUUUGUUUCUUUUCCAUUAUUAUUUCUUUCAGGAAUAAACUAUAGUCUGGGUAGUAAAUUUCUAUUUUCGCCAUUACUUUUCCUUUUGAGGGAUAGAGACUGGAAAAGUGAGGACACCGCUGCAGUAGAUGUUUGGACAAACUUGUUUAACUAAAGAUUGUCAAAUAUAAUGAUUUAGAAGGACCCAGAAAAGGACAAGAAUUUAUUUUCAAACGAGUGCAUGAUGGUGACAUGCCGGCUGUUGACACCAAGUUCAGUUUAGGUCUUGGUCGCGUUCGCUGCCUCCAGUCUCAAACGGGUUGAUGGUGUGUGGACACUGAAGGGGUCGUUGCGAAAGGAGCGAAUCGCUAUUGUUCUGUUUGUAAUGCUUCGUGCCGACACAAGCAUAAAUGACAUGUAUAUAAAGAAGAUUUUUGUGAAGUAUAUAAAGUGGAACGUAAUGUGUCUUGCGAUCAUACCAGCUUCUCUGUAAUUUUUUUUAAAAAUUCUGUUAGCUAUUGCUGAGUGAUGUAAUACUUCCUUUAUUUUGUGUUUGUUUUUCUCCUUCGAACAGUAUUGAGUGUACAAACAAAUUUACGGAUCAAAUGCUUGUUGUGUUGGCUUCUGCCGACUGUCCGCCUAACUCCUCCAAUUCUAGUCCAAAUUCGUGUCAUAAUUUAUUUGCCGCUCUUAGGUGGUUCGUGCUGACGUGCAGAUAAGUGCAUCCUGUAUGUUUACUGACAGGUUUUGUUGCUGGCUACUGUGUUGUGCAUUUUGUGCGUAUUGAUGUAUGAUUAGGAGUGUUGUGGGGGAAGUGGGAGGGGGGGUUGACGUAGUCUCAGACUUUCUCAUCCGGUCAGAAAAGGGGAGAGGGGGUGGCUAACGUUUGGAAGUCACGUGGUUCACCCUCAGCCGCUUUCCAAUUAAAAGAUCUGUGGAGAAA